AUGAACAAACGAAUUUCUAUUCCAGUAUCGCUACCCCAUCUCAAUCCCACGGUUUCGUACUGGCAAAAUCCACCGGAUGAGAUCGGGGACAUAUGUUCUACUACGCAGCUUCCAUCGCAGGUGGAUAUUGCCAUAAUUGGGUCAGGGAUAUCUGGCGCAACUAUUGCGUAUAAUAUCCUAUGUCGAGCUCCAGGGACCAAGAUUGUAAUGUUGGAGGCGAGACAGGCAGUAAGUGGAGCAACAGGAAGAAAUGGUGGUCACACCAAAGGAGCUUCAUACACAACCUUUCCCACAAACGUGCAAAAACUUGGUCUUGAAGAAGCCAUAAAAAUCGCAAAGCUCGAACUCAACACCGUCCGACAAGUCCACGCCUUUGUAAAGAAGCAUAACAUUGACUGCGAGAGCAGACACAUCGACACCGCGGAUAUCAUAUACAAUCAAGACACCCUCGAUCAAGCCGUCCAAGCCGUCCAGUUCAUGCAAAAGGCCAUGCCAAACCAUCCCGCAAGCAAGUACACGUUCUGGAACAGAAAGGAAACAGAAGAGAAGUUCCUCGUCCCCGGCGCCGCCGGUGCUAUUACAUACGAAGCUGGCAGUCUUAACGCAUACAAGCUUGUCAUCGGGAUUCUCAAGCUAUGUCUGGAGAAAGGACUGAAUUUGCAAACAAAUACCCCCGUAACCGGUUUACAUAGGUAUGAUGGUAAUAGCUCUAGUAACAGCAGCAGCAGCAGAACCAACAAGACCAGCUGGACCAUCGUAACUCAACGCGGCCACAUACAAGCUUCAAAAGUCAUAAUGGCAACAAACGGUUACACAGCAGCCAUCUACCCGAAACUUCAAGGCGUCAUAGUCCCCGUUCGCGGACAGGUAACAGCGCAUAGACCCGGGUCAAAAAUGCCGUCCUCCACUCUCUCCACCACCUACUCUUUCAAUUACGGUAGCGGCUUCGAUUACAUGAUUCAAUGCCCAGAGACGUCCAAGUAUCCGGGCGACAUCGUUAUCGGAGGUGGGUUCUGCGAGAGCAAGAAUGAGGGUUUAGCCAAUUAUGGUAAUACGAAUGACUCCGCUGUGGAGCCUGCUAUUAGUGAAUAUCUGGCUGCGUCGACGGUGGAGUUUUUCGGGAAGAAUUGGGGCUCUGAUGAUCCUGCUGGUCGUGUGAGGCAGGAAUGGACGGGUAUUAUGGGCUACAGUGCCGAUGGGUAUCCGUUGGUUGGGGAGAUGCCGGGGGAAUCGGGGUUGUUUAUCUCGGCAUCGUUCCAGGGACAUGGAAUGGUCUCCUGCUUCCUUUGUGCAGAGGCCCUUACAAACAUGAUAUUUGGUGACGACGAGAAGAAACUGUCCAGCUGGUUCCCAAGCGCAUAUAUGGUCAACUCUGAGAGACUGAAGCACAAGCUUGACCAAAAAAUCACACCUCCGCGAUCCCAAUCUAAGGCGCGCCUGUAG